AUCAAUUAGUUUUCGGAGGUUGGUAAUGAAUAACUUGAUUCGUCGAAUAUUUGGAACUAGGUCUGUCUCCUCUCAUUCCUGCUCGGGAAGCAGCGCAUACAUGACAGAUACUGGGGAGCUACUGUGCGAGGCCGCGAGGAACGGCGACGCCGACAAGGUCAAUGCUCUUAUCGAGUCCGGAGUCGACGUCUCGUACUUCGACGGCGAAGGCAUCACUCCUCUAAUGCACGCCGCGAGGCUCGGUCACGCCGACGUGGUUAAGAGCCUGCUCGAAGCGGGCGCCCCAUGGAAUGCUCUCUCACCAUCCAACAUAUCUGCUGGCGACUUUGCCAUGGACUCCGGACACCAGGAAGCCUUCGAGCUCCUCCUUAAUGCAGGGAUUCAAGCUGAAAUGAUCCUAGGAACAAUUGCAAGGACAAGUAAAAAUUGUGAUUCUGAUAGGGAUUACAUGGAAGAUAGGGUUACUUUUAGUGAGGAUAAGCUUAUGGACUCCAAUAGCAAAGCUAUUAUGAUGGCCUGGGAGAGACCAUUGAUGGAGGCUCAUGCAAAAGCUGUUUGCUCAAAUGGUGGUCACAUUCUGAACAUUGGAUUUGGAAUGGGUCUUGUGGAUACAGCCAUUCAACAAUAUGCACCAGUUAGUCACACUAUUGUCGAGGCUCACCCAGAGGUUUAUGAUCGUAUGCUUCAAACUGGUUGGGGUGGGAAGGAUAAUGUAAAGAUAAUAUUUGGUCGUUGGCAGGAUGUUCUUGAACAACUCGAGUCUUAUGAUGGUAUUUUCUUUGACACGUACGGGGAAUAUUAUGAAGACCUGAGAGAGUUUCACCAACAUCUACCUGUACUGCUGAAGCCUGGAGGGGUCUACUCAUUCUUCAAUGGCCUUUGUGGUGGUAAUGCAUUCUUCCACGUUGUUUACUGUCAUUUAGUUUCUCUGGAACUAGAGAAUUUGGGUUUCUCCACACAGUUAAUUCCAUUGCCUGUAAAGGAUUGCUUAGGAGAGGAAGUAUGGGAGGGUGUGAAACACAAAUAUUGGCAGCUGGAUACCUAUCAUCUCCCAGUUUGUCAGUCUAUACAAGAUUCUUCAUGAUGUCUGAAUUCGAAAAAUUCGAAAAAUUAUUUUUUUUCUUUUUCAGAUCCAUUAAAUGGCAUAUUAUAUUACGAGACAUUGAAACAUCAUUAUUUUUGUAAUUCUUGCGUUAUUCAUCAUUUUGUAACUCUGGAUUCUUAGAAACUAUGUGAAAUGAUUAAUAUUUGGUGCACAUUGGAACUUCA